ACCCCAGCCAGCGCUGGCUAACCAAAGUGAGACCAUGCCUUUUUAAAUCUUUCUGCAUGCAAAGAAUGCAGAGAGAUGUCCAAGUCAAACAAGAAUCUUUCUCCCUGUGAUAUAUCGUCGCGCAGCUGAUUGGGUUUCCUUUCUUCCCCCCCGGUUUGCUUCUGUCUACGAUGACCUCAAAUGCUGCAAACAUGUAGUGGUUUCCUUCUCCUCGCACAGAUCCCUGUUUCCCUCCCUCCCUCCUCUCACAUGCAUGUACAGAUCCAGUGCUUCUCUUCUCUCUCUCUGCUCAGGCGGCUCCACCCACCUGCAGAUAAAAGCCCAGCCCUAGGCAGAGCUGCCGUUCAGCGUCCGUCUGUCCCAAACUCCUCAGAGCUCUGUGAUACUUCCACCCUGCAGCAGCACCACACGCACAAAGGGAACAGCGGGAUCGCAGCGAACACCUGGCCGGAAUCCCGUGCAUGGCCACCGUCCCACUUAUGCCGCGGACAAGACCCAGAGAAGCGAGGUAAAGUUCGGUGGAACCAGGGGGAGAGACGACCUUCACGUUUGAGACGAGGAGAACGCUGAAAAAAAAAUGGUGGCCGCAGCCGUCCAUUUCUUCUCUCUACUCGUCCCAGUGUUCCAGCUGUGUUUGUUACGCCCAGCCCACGGGGGGGUGUAUUACGGACACAAGCAGCCACCUCACCAGCCCCUGCCGCAGCACAACGACGGGUAUCCCCAGCAACAGUUUUUGGGGAACGAGAUGCCACUUAUGCCGUUAGUGCCUCAGUAUGGAAAAGAGAUGCCUCAGCUGCCUUUGCAAAAGGGAAAAGAGAGACCACUGUUUGAAGGCAAAGGUCAGACAUUCCCCAGAGGGGCUAAAGGCCCACCUCCCCCCGGCCCUGGCGUAGAAGGUCUCAGAGAGGGACCACAAGGAAUUCAAGGCCCCCCUGGACCGACAGGACCACCGGGACCACAGGGCCCUGCCGGACAACCAGGCCAGGGAUUGCCAGGGUUACCGGGAAAGCCGGGGCCUCCAGGUCCUCAAGGUUACCCAGGAAUAGGAAAGCCCGGUAUGCCAGGAUUGCCAGGAAAGCCCGGAGUACCAGGGUUGGCGGGACCAAAAGGCGAUCUCGGUCCAAGCGGUAGCGAGGGACCAACUGGACUUCCCGGUCCUGCUGGGCUUCCGGGUCCCCCCGGACUCCCUGGGAUUUCAAAAACAGGAGGCCAGGGGCUUCCAGGCCAGCCGGGACCGCUAGGGGAGCCUGGUCAAAAGGGUCCAUCUGGGCUAUACGGUCCCCCGGGCUCCAAAGGAGACAAAGGAAUCGGUCUACCUGGUUUGCCAGGCCUGAAAGGACCUGGUGGACCACCUGGUCCACGUGGGAACGUGGGCCUCCCUGGUAUUGGUAAACCUGGCCUCAAUGGCGUACCUGGACAACCAGGAAUACCAGGAAAACCAGGUCCACCUGGAGAACAAGGCCAGGCGGGACCAUUUGGGGAAACAGGUCAACCGGGACAGCCAGGUUUGCCAGGAAUUGGCAAACCAGGACAAGAAGGAUUUAGAGGUCAACCAGGGCUCUUUGGAGGUAAAGGAGAACCGGGCCCACCAGGCUUACCGGGGGGUCCAGGACUACCGGGUUACGGUAAACCGGGGUUUCCAGGACCCAAGGGUCACAAGGGACAUGGAGGUCUUCCCGGACCUCCGGGCCUUAAAGGCGAUAAAGGUCACGGAGGUGUUCAAGGGGUCAUCGGUCCCACCGGUCUCAGCGGUAUGCCCGGUCCCCCAGGUCCAAUCGGGCCUCCCGGUAGUCUUGGCUUCCCAGGACAAAAGGGCGAGUAUGGUGCUGGAGGAACAAAGGGAUAUCCUGGAACAAAGGGUGAAUUAGGGCCUCCGGGUCUUCCAGGACAGACAGGUAGAUCGGGAGAGGGCGGACAACCAGGACAAAGAGGUUUUCAAGGGCCUAUCGGCCCUAAAGGAGAAGCGGGUAUGAGGGGUUUACCAGGCGUCCCCGGUGCCGCCGGAUUACCGGGACCAAGAGGAGAGGGGGGAAAUUCGGGAGAAACGGGCCACCAGGGACCUCAGGGAAUUCCAGGGAUCACAGGACCAGGGGGACCGAUCGGACCUCCCGGCCUGCUGGGGCAAAAAGGCGAAACAGGGGUGUCUGGUAAACCCGGCUAUCCCGGAGACGGUAAACCGGGAUCGCCCGGUCACAUCGGUCCUCAAGGUAACCCCGGUCCCAGCGGCUCUCCUGGAUUUCCAGGGCAACAGGGACAACCGGGACCCCCCGGUCUUCCGGGACUGCCCUCUGUAUCUCCCGAUCUCGGACAGGUCCUCCCCGUGACCGGCCCGUACAGCGGUCAAAGACAAGGUUACAAGAAACAGAAAAACGGAGGCGAGAUCGGUGGAAACGGCGUGGAGUUGCCCUCGUUCACAGCCAAGCUCACGAAUCCGUUCCCUCUCGUGGGCUCUCCGGUAAUCUUUGAUAAACUCUUGCACAACGGCAAUCAAGACUACAAUCCCCAAACUGGUACUUUUACCUGUACCAUACCGGGGGUCUACUACUUUGCUUACCACGUCCACUGCAAAGGAAGUAACGUGUGGGUGGCACUGAUGAAGAACAACGAGCCGGUCAUGUACACUUACGACGAGUACAAAAAGGGCUUGCUGGAUCAGGCGUCCGGGAGCGCUGUACUCCCGUUGCGACAAGGAGACACCGUGCACUUGCAGCUGCCGUCGGACCAGGCCGCGGGACUUUACGCCGGUCAAUACGUCCACUCAACAUUUUCCGGAUACUUGUUGUACCCAAUGUAAGCGACGCGUUUCAAACAAAGUACUCGAGGCAGCAGAAUGAUUUUUUUUUUUAUAGCGGCAACAUACUUCAUAGAAUUAUUCUCUGCAUUACAUGACUUGGAUCCACAUCUGGUUAUCGGCAAUGACGCGUAGGAAGCUGCGAGGUCAAACGUUACUCUGAAAUAUCUCAGUUGUCAUAGGUUGUUUUAUGCUUACAUUUAUUCAUAUAUCCAUCCUCACACAAUUUAUCCGUAUCCAUGAGUUUGCGGGAAUAAUUUCUUAAACAAUGAGGCUUUAUGUUGUAGAAUUGUUUUUCACUAGGCACAUACAAUCAUAUCGGUUUUAUUGUACAAUGCAUUUACUCUGUUAUCGUAACAUACAGUUGGGUCACGACGUAGUUCUUAAGUUAUUGUUAUUUUUGUAUGUUAUUUGGGAAAUGCAGCUUUUUAACGUGACUAAAUCUUUUGUCUCAAAGUCUCGCAUCAUGUAUUUUUAUCCAACUCCACACCACAUCUCCGUUCCAAACCAAAUCAAACUAUGCCUGCAAUUUGGCUUGGCUAGGAUUGUCUCCUAGUGACCAUUUGACAAAUUUGUUUUGUUUUUAGUAGAUAUUGAUUCUUGGUCAGUUUGUCAGAAUUCUCUGUAAUUUAUUUGUUUGACUACUGAUUACUAAGCAUUGUUUUGUUUUUUGUGGUAAACAGUCAUUUUUGGAAUUUAAAGACCGCUAACCUGUUCUGUCAAAAAACACCUACCCACUAAUAUCUUUUUGCAUCGGCAUUUAACGUUUUUUAUUAGUAGUACAGCAGUUUAAACAAAGUUCUUUCAACCCGUUUUUCCUUUUUGUUUGUUUGGACAAUGGUGCAAUGCAUAAGCAAAUAAGAAACUAUGCCCAAAUGUGUGAAUUUUGGCCUGUGUUGCUGGUGAUUUUAAAUAAAAAAGAACCUCUUGUCUAAA